CGGCGACUCGGUGCGUGUCUCCAGAUUGUUGGGCGCCAGCACAUUCUCGCCGGGAUUCAGGGGCGCCACCUGGUAAAGCCAGACGCCGGCCACGCCCAGAUUAGUGCUCUCGCUGAGGAAACGUGCCUGCACAAAUGAAAGCACGACUUUUGCUGCGAACUGCAUUACGAAACGCCGCAGUUCAGCGACUGCCAAACGGACUGGCACGACAAGAUACACUUCACCAACGAGCAGGAGGAACAGAUCUUUAUGUUCUGCACCGCCGAAUGCACGUACAACAGCACCGAAUUUCUGGCCGCCAAUCGUCAAUCCCUGAAUCUGCAGCACGUGCGCGAGCAUCUGGAGAAUGACUUGGCCGACGCAGCGGAUGAGGCGCUGCUCUACGAGACGUACGUCAAGUGCGACAGGCAUGCUCUCACGCUGCUGAGCCACAAGGGCGUGCAGUCUCUGGCCAAGCGUCUGGCGCCGCACGGCUGUCAUCCGUAUCCGGGUCUGGUGCUGGAGUGCGUGGCCAACGAGAUGAUCCUGAAGUGUCCGCCCAAGCGCUUUCACCAGACGCCGCAAUGCCGUGUCGCCCGCGACUUUCUGCGCGAGUGCAUGCAACAUUUAAAAUAUGCAUAGAGACAGCGAGGCAGCAGCUGUGUGCAACAUGUUGCAAGCCUUAUUACAACCUACAGAUGUAAUAAAGGCAAGUGUUAAGAGCAAGAAUUCCGGCACAAGAUUGGGCAGCCACAGGCAGCUGUGAGCCAGCCUACAAGAAGGAGCUAUAUCUGGAAAAAUUUAACCAGGUUGUAGAAGUUGGCAGUUGCUUACAAAUUUAAUCGGCUUCUAACGUUUAUAGUUUACAUACGGGCUAAAUUACGCUAGAGAUUAAUGUGCAGCUAGAUGGGCUUGACCAGAUCUCCCUCCAGCUGCAGUGCAUCCGAUUUUUUUAGCUGCUUGUCAAAGCGUUUGUCAAAUUUCUUUGCCUGCUUCUCGCUUAGCUCCGUGACGGCCAAGUGCUUUGUGUACUUCUUCAGCAGCUUCUUCCUGAGCUUCUCCUGGAAAAUGCCAUCGGGCUGCUUCGACACCAGCUUCAGCAGCUGUGCAGCCCAAUCAAAUUCGCUGGCCUCCUCCGACACAGCAGCAGCAGCUGGUUCUGCUGCUGGCUCAGCUGCUUUCGCUGCGCCAUUCUCAAGCUUGGACUUCUUUUUGGGCGGCGCUUCCUGCUCCUGCUCUUGUGCGGCCUCUGCCUCCUUGGCAGCCUUGGCCGCCUCCAGUUCCGCCUGCUUGGCUUCCUUCAUUUUGUUCAGCUCCUUCUCGAGUAUGUCCCACACCUGGGUUGCGUGCUGACGUGGCAUGCGCAUGCAAUUGCCCACGAAAUUCUCGAACUUUGCCUUCUUGCGGGGCACGUUGUCCACGCUCUGGAGUCGCUGGAAUGCGCUGCGCACAGACGCCGUCAACUCAUACUCUUUGCUGUCCAGUAUGGCGCGUAUGAUGUCCAUCCAACUCUCCUGUUUCAGGGCGUUCUUGUUCUUCGGCUCCUUGGGCACAAAGUUCUGGUUGGAGUACUUCUGUGCCUCCGAGAUGCACUUGAUGUGCGCAACGUACUCCUCAUCGUAGAAAUCUUUGAGGCAAUCCAUGCACGACACGUUUUUUGUCUUUCCGCGGCAUCUUGUCUGAUAAUGCUUCUCCACUGAUGGCUUUUUAACGGACUCGCCGCAAAUGUUGCAUGUAAAGAAAACCAUUUUUAUUGAGGAUUUCCAGCCGGACAAACAGACGCGGUGAGUC